GUGAAUAGGGGGCAGUUCCCUGGGACUCACAGAAGCAAAGACACAAUCAGACAGAACUGUCAGCAGAGUCAUCUCAUUCCAACACUCUCUGUGCAGGUAUCAGUGAAUCCAUCUGGAUAUGUGGGCAAUCAAUCUUGUCUGGGUGGCCACUGCCCAUUGUCUCUUGCUUGCCUCCAGCAGUGCUCAUCCCACAUAUAGAGGCAGAUACAAGGCCUCUGUAUUUUCUGACCUUACCCCUCCUGAAAUGACCUCUGUCCGGAGCUUCUUGAUGGACCAGGAGAGUUUUCAUUUAGGAUCCACUGAGCAAACACUGAAACAAAAUACAAUCUUCAUGAUGGAGCUCAACAUGCCCAAAAAACAGCAAGUGCUCAGCUUUCUGGACCGAAAUGGUCCCAAACCUCUGAGAGAGGCCAAAGUGGUUAUCUACUUUGCAGACCAGCCUCAUCCCAAUGUCACAGAAUACAUUGUUGGCCCACUCCCCCACCCUUAUUAUUACAGGCCUAAUGUCUACAGGGGAAACAAAACAAUCAAGUUUGAGUCCCGGCCAGUCACCACCACAGAGUAUUAUUUUAUUCACCUGAAGAUGCUGGAGGUUAUGAAGGAAAUGAAUCACAUUCUACUGGAGACUUCUGGAUUUUCCUACUACAACUGCACCAAACGAUGCCUUUCUUUCACCGACAUUGCACCCCGAGGCCUUAAAUCCGGGGACCGUAGGUCAUGGUUAAUGAUAAACAAGUACGUGGAAGGGUAUUUUCUCCAUCCUAUAGGCAUUGAGAUCCUGCUCAAUCAUCGUUCCCUGGACCCCAAGGAGUGGGCAGUAGAAAAGAUUUGGUACAAUGGACAAUAUUUUGACAGUGUUGAGGAACUGGUUAGGAAAUAUGCAAGUAACCAAUUGUCCAAGCUCCGCCUGCCGGUGCAUAUGGACAGUGAUCCCUACUCCACAUUUAUACCCCGUGGGGAGUACAAGACCAAAUCAAAUGUACAUGGCCCAAAAGUGUGUGAGCCUCAGGGCAAACGCUACCGGGUCAUGGGUAACUAUGUGGAGUAUGCUGGUUGGAGCUUUGCUUUCCGUUCAAGUACAUCGGCCGGGAUGCAGCUCUAUGACAUACAGUAUAACAACGAACGCAUCGCCUAUGAGGUGAGCAUCCAAGAGGCUAUUGCUUUUUAUAGUGGGGUCACCCCCUCUGCAAUGCAGACCAAAUCUAUUGACUCUGGAUGGGGCAUGGGCACAGUUGACUAUGAGUUGGCCAAAGGCAUUGACUGCCCUGAGGUUGCCACUUACCAGGAUGUCCAUCACUUCUAUGACACAAACAAACCAGUACGUUAUAAGAAUGCCGUUUGCAUCUUUGAGCUCCCCACUGGAGUGCCCUUACGCCGUCACUUCGACAGUAACUACAAGGGGGGAUAUACCUUUUAUGGUGGCCUGGAAAACCAUGUCCUGGUGCUGAGAACCUCCUCUACAGUCUAUAACUAUGAUUACAUCUGGGACUUCAUCUUCUACCAGAAUGGGGUGAUGGAGGUUAAGGUUCACCCCACAGGCUACAUCCAGGCAACAUUCCUCACACCUAAUGGGGCCGUCUACGGCAGCAAAGUCAAUAAUAAUGUCCUGGGGAACCUACACACUCACUUAAUUCAUUAUAAGGUGGACCUGGACAUUGCAGGGACAGAGAACAGCUUUGAGACAGUGGGACUCAAGGCUGAGAACAUCUCCAACCCCUGGAGCCCCGGGGACUUUAUAUUCCAGCAUCGCUUGGAGCAUCGACUGAAAUUCACUGAGAGACACGCAGCCUUCAGAUUUGGCUCUCCCCUCCCCAAGUACUUAAUCUUCAUGAAUCCCAAUAAGAUGAACAAAUGGGGGCACCCAAAAAGCUACAGAAUCCAGUACAACUCCAAUGGUGACCAAAUACUGCCCAGACGCUGGAAGGAAGAGAAGGGAGUGUCCUGGUCCAGGUACAGCCUGGCAGUCACGCGCCACAGUAAUGCUGAACCCACCAGCAGCAGCAUCUACGCCCAGAAUGAUCCCUGGGACCCCUUUGUUUACUUUGAGAAUUUUAUUCGCAACAACGAAGACAUUGUCAACAAGGACCUGGUUGCCUGGGUGACGGUGGGUUUCCUACACAUCCCUCAUGCAGAAGACAUCCCCAACACAACAACCCCAGGAAAUGCCGUUGGGUUCCUACUGCGCCCCUUUAACUUCUUUGAUGAAGAUCCAUCAGUGGCUUCCAAGAGUCCAGUCAUUGUGAGACCAGCAGACGGUUCCUUCUCCAAAGUCAACAUCCAGCGCUGGACCCCAGAGGUCGUUGGCCAUUGUGUUUCUGAUGAGCCAUUCAGCUAUAAUGGCACCUACUUCUAAUGGGACAUCUGGGUUCCUAGGGACCAUAUUAUAAGGGGGGCAGAGAGCUGUGGCCUGAACUAUAUGACAUGAGAAGAGCGAGAGAUUAUAAACAAAAACAUUCCAGAAUGUGGGAAAUCUCCUGGUUGUGCACAGAGGCUUGGGAUACAGGGAUUACUCUUAUAUUGUCUGUCAGUCUGGCCAGACGUUCUGCUUAGUACAAAGCCCAUAGGGUGUUAUUGCUGUUCCACUGCACCCGUCUGUCUGUCCUGUCUGUGUGUGAUAAAUACAUCGCUUGUGUCUAAGCUGUGAUUGGAUACGGAGAGACACCAGAUUUAUUUUGUCCCCCAGCAGUGUGUCUGUCCAUCCUCAGAGAAGCUCAAAAUGACAGAAACAAAGGAAAUUGGAUAAAUAUUAGGGAAUGAAAUGAACAAAAUGAUUUGUAAUGAGUAAAGUUUCCCGUCUGACUCGGUGAUCCUUAUGUUCCAGUUCUUGUGUCUCUCUGGGGGGAGGGGAGGUCGGGGGGCUGCUAAUAUCAUGUUUCCCCCCAGUAGUGCCCAGUCCUGGGAUUUAUAGUCACUGAUACAGACGCUGCUCUGCACAAUUCUCUCCCCUCAUUUAUAUGUUACAGA